GCCUUUAUUAAUUUAUAAAUGUUAAAUAUUUUAAAGGUCAACAAGAAAAUACAUUUGUUUAAAGAAUAACAAUAUCAUUUUCAAUAUUCAGGAUUGAUUUUAAUGGAGUUCAACAAUAUAUUCGAAAUGAAAACACUCUAUAAAAGCCUUUUAUUACUACCUCGUACGAAUUUAACCAGAGAUAUUAUUACAUGUUCUUAACAAAUUAAUUUAUUAUGAUCAAAUAAUCAUGUAUGUAUCGAUAUGGUCAGGGCAUUUGGCGGAUUAACGUAAACUUUUUGAAUGUGAUAAGAACCCUAUCAAAAAUUUUCUCACUUACAUAAAAUAUCUCCUUGUAAACGGACAAGAAACGUUCUGUGAACUGCUGCCAUUUCAUUCAAUUUGCAAAAAGGUGCUACGUGUUCGGAAUAACUGUAUUUUAUUAGAAAAUAUUCCUAUAAAAUGGCUCAGCAAAUUUACAAUGACGGCCCCGAUCAAAUAGUCCCCACGGAUCAAGAAAUUUGUACCGAUCCCGCGGGAUACGUGCGUCUCAGGAUUCCCGAACAGGGAAAGGCCAUCGAAACCAUUAAGCCCAUAUCGGUGCCGGGACUUCUGCAGAGGACCGCCCGGGAGUUCCCGGAAAACGUGGCUUUGGCUCAAAAAGUCAACGGAAAAUGGGAAAACAUCACCUACAAAGAAUAUCUGGCUCAAGUUCGCACGUGCGCCAAAGGUUUCCUCAAAUUAGGCCUGGAAAGGAGCCACGCCGUGUGCAUCCUAGGCUUCAACAGCCCCGAAUGGUUCAUAUCGGAUCUAGCGGCAAUAUUUGCCGGAGGAAUUGCAGUCGGAAUUUACACCACAAAUUCACCGGAGGCUUGCUUCUACUGCGCAGAAAGCAGCAACGCCGAUAUCAUAGUAGUAGAAGAUCAAAAACAAUUAGAUAAAAUCCUGGAAAUUAGAUCCAGGCUUCCCCAUCUCAAAGCUAUAGUUCAAUUCACUGGAGAGCCCACGCAUCCAGACGUUACAAGUUGGAAAAAACUGAUGGAAAUUGGCAGUAACGAAGACGAUGAAAUAUUAAACCAGGUUUUAAAGCAAUCCGCCGUCAAUCAAUGUUGUACGUUAGUAUACACUUCAGGAACAGUGGGUAACCCCAAAGGAGUAAUGUUGAGUCACGACAAUGUAACUUGGGACGCCCUGGCUAUCGUAGAACGUCUGGGUACCAUUCAACCGGGCAAAGAAGUACUCGUCAGUUACCUGCCCCUCAGCCACGUCGCCGCUCAAAUUAUCGACAUUUACAUCACGAUAACGGUCGGGGCGACCGUGUAUUUCGCCGAUAAAGACGCUCUUAAAGGCAGUUUGAUCAACACGCUACAGGAAGUGCAGCCGACGAAAUUCCUGGGAGUACCGCGCGUGUACGAGAAGAUCUACGAGAAAAUGAUGCAAAUCGGCGCCAAAAACGGCGGCCUGAAGAAGUUCAUCGCCGCUUGGGCGAAAAAGCAAGCGUUGCAACAUCACAUCGACAACAUCAACGGAAUAAAAUCAAACAGCUGGGGCUAUUGCAUCGCCAAAAACGUCCUCUUCAGCAAGGUGAAAAACGCCUUGGGGUUCUCCAGGUGCGAUUUCUUCGCGACCGCCGCCGCUCCUUUGGCCGUCGAUGUCAAGAAAUACUUCUACAGUCUGGACAUACCCAUCAUGGAGUGUUUCGGCAUGUCCGAAGCUAGCGGGGGCCACACGGUCGGCAUCGAAGGGGCUAACAAUUUCGAAACGAUAGGCACUACAAUAAACGGUAUGAAAACGAAAUUGGUCAACGUGGAGGACGGGCAAGGGGAGAUUUGCAUGUACGGAAGACACGUUUUCAUGGGUUACUUGAGGGAACCGGAAAAGACUGAAGAAACUCUAGAUAAAGACGGGUGGUUGCAUACAGGAGAUUUGGGAAGGAUCGACGAGAAGGGAUUCGUUUACAUUACAGGCAGGUUGAAGGAGCUGCUGGUGACCGCCGGCGGCGAGAACAUCCCGCCGGUGCCGAUCGAGCAGGCCGUGAAAGCGGAGCUCCCGCACGUCAGCAACGCCUUCUUGAUCGGCGACAAGCGGAAGUUCCUGUCGAUAUUGCUCAGCCUCAAGACGGAGGUGAACCCGGAGACGGGCGCGCCCACUGACGAGCUCCUGCCCAGCGUGCGCGAGUGGCUGAAGAGCCUGGGCUGUCCGGCGGACACGGUGAAGCAAGUGCUGGACGCUGGUCCCAGUCAACGGCUAAUCGACGCCCUGAUGCUGGGUAUCCAGAGGGUGAACGAGAAGGCCACGUCGAACGCUCAGACUAUCAAGAAACUCGCCCUGUUGCCGGCUGAUUUUUCCAUUCCUACCGGUGAAUUGGGUCCUACGUUGAAAGUAAAAAGGAGAAUCGUUGAAGAAAAAUACGAUUACAUUAUAAAUAAAAUGUAUCUAUAAACUUAAUAACUACUUAAUUGUGUCUUGUUACUUAUUAUGUUGCAGUAAAAUACAUAUUGCAUUUUGUUGUUGAUAUAUUUAUAAGUAUGCAUCGAAUAUUAUAUUAGCGUAAAGGGAAAUCUGUUGUAUACGCAUUGAAACUAUUUUAUAUAAUAUUUUGUAUUUGAAAUUUACAGAAUCUGAGUAAAAUUCUUGUUGUUUGUUUA